AUGGGAAACGCUGGAGUUAAGGACAAAAGUAGCAGGAAGGAUGAAAUUCCAUUGAACGAGACUGACGACGAGGCCUUUGCUCAAGCUUUGAGGGUUAAUUUACAGCGUUUGGUCGCAUACGCGUGCUCGGCGGAAACGUCGAUACAACGAGAAAUUGCUGAGAAAUUGGCAAAUGAAGCUGUAAAGCCCGAUCGACAGGUGCAGAUUGUGGAGUUGGAUGGAUUGAAGCUGUUACUUCCAUUGACCAAGUCAAAGGACACAGAAGUGCAGCGUCUAGCAGCGCAUGCUCUUGCCAACCUUUCUGUGAAUUCUGAGAAUCAGUCGAAAAUGGCGACGGAAGGAGGCAUUGACAUGCUUAUUGACCUCUUGGGUAGCUCGAACGAGCACGUGCAGCGUCAGGCUGCAAAGGCGCUUGCCAAUCUCGGUGUCAAUGUGGAUAACAAGGAACGAAUCGCUAAGGCGGGAGGCAUCAAGCCACUUAUCGAUUUGGCUAGCUCCUGCCAGAUUGGAGUUGCUGUCGAGGCUAUUGCAGCACUUGCAAAUCUAGCUGUCAAUGACGCCAAUGAGGUAGAGAUUGCACGUAAAGGAGGUUUGAAGCCUAUUAUUGAUGGAGCGCAUUUGGAGUCUGUUGAGCUUCAGUCCCAAGUGGCACGUGCACUUCGCAACCUGUCUGUCAACCCUGAAAACAAACAAGCGAUUGUGGAUUUAGGUGGGGUAGAGGCUCUGCAGUUACUCGUUCGUUCUCCUAACGACCGGAUAUGCCAGCAAGCUACGCGUGCACUCGUUAAUCUGGGCGUCAACGUUGUCUGCUAA